UUUUUUCAGCUUCCGUGGGGAGCGGCAGCUCCAAGAAACACACACUCCUCAUUCAACUCGACGCGGACUGGAGCCUCCCGGAGGAGGAAAUGCGGCUGUUUCUGGGCGUUCUUCUUAGGCUGGGGAUCACAGACUGACUGAAGCCCGGCUCUGCAGUCAAACAGCUGGGAAGUUGUUUUCACUGGAUGGAUGGAUCUGUCUCCUCUGAGGAGCGGGGCGGGCAGCCGGAGGAGCAACACCCAGGAAAAUGAUGCAUCAUGGAGGGGCAGCCGCUGAACUUUGAGCAACAAAUUCACCUCGGAGCUGCCGGCGGCAUGGGGAGCCGCGGAGACCAAGAGCUGUCGGAGCGACCCUGAGGAGCCACUCUCAUUGCUUUGCUGGAUCUUCUUGCUGACUCUGUCAGUGAGGACCUGCCGGGGGACGGUGCAGCAGGCUCUGCUGUGAUGCUUCAUCUCCAUUCCUGUUCUGUCAGUGUCGGUGUCUCCAGCAAGAUUUUCGUAGUCUCAGAAUGGCUCGUUUUGAAGACGACGCGUCCAGCCGCUUCAGAGGCAGCGGCCCCACGGGGCCAGCCAGAGGGGCCAACCGGCAGCCGGGGCCUCCGGGGGGCCAGAGGAUGUACAAACAGACCAUGGCUCAGAGAGCCAGGACCAUGGCUAUUUACAAUCCCAUUCCAGUCAAACAGAACUGCCUCACCGUCAACCGCUCCCUGUUUAUCUUUAGCGAGGAUAAUAUCAUUCGGAAAUAUGCCAAAAAGAUCACAGAAUGGCCUCCGUUCGAGUACAUGAUCCUGGCCACCAUCAUAGCAAACUGCAUUGUUCUGGCCUUGGAGCAACACCUGCCAGCUUUGGACAAAACUCCGCUGUCAGAACGUUUGGAUGACACAGAGCCCUACUUUAUUGGAAUAUUUUGCUUUGAGGCAGGCAUCAAGAUCAUUGCCUUGGGUUUUGCUUUUCACAAAGGCUCCUACCUACGUAAUGGCUGGAAUGUAAUGGACUUUGUGGUGGUCCUAACAGGGAUCCUGGCCACUGUAGGGGCUGAUUUUGAUCUGAGAACAUUGAGAGCAGUCAGAGUCCUGCGACCCCUCAAACUCGUCUCUGGCAUUCCAAGCCUUCAAGUGGUGUUGAAGUCCAUUAUGAAAGCGAUGGUACCUCUGCUCCAGAUCGGAAUGCUGCUUUUCUUCGCCAUUCUCAUGUUUGCUAUCAUUGGCCUGGACUUCUACAUUGGCAAAUUUCAUCGAACAUGCUUCAAGAAUGGAACAAAUGAGCAGGUGGCAGAUUUCCCUUGUGGACCUGAACCUCCAGCAAGGACCUGUGGCAAAGGGAAUAUCUGUGGAGAGUACUGGCUUGGACCUAACUUUGGGAUCACAAACUUUGACAACAUCCUGUUUGCCAUUCUCACUGUUUUCCAGUGUAUCACCAUGGAAGGAUGGGUGGACAUCCUGUACAAUGCCAAUGAUGCCUCUGGGAACAUGUGGAACUGGCUCUACUUCAUCCCUCUCAUCAUCAUUGGGUCGUUCUUCAUGCUCAACCUGGUGCUGGGCGUGCUGUCAGGAGAGUUUGCAAAGGAAAGGGAGCGUGUGGAGAAGAGGCAAGAAUUCCUGAAGCUUCGUCGACAGCAGCAGAUUGAAAGAGAGCUGACUGGUUAUUUGGAGUGGAUCUGUAAAGCAGAAGAGGUGAUGCUGGCUGAAGAAGACAAGAACGCUGAGGAGAAGUCUCUGGAUGGAGCGUGGUACAAAAGGAAACAUAACCCCAACUCUGUGCUGAAAAGAACGAAGAAGAGUAAGAAUGACCUCAUCAAUGCAGAAGAAGGGGAGGACCAUUUCACUGACAUUUCAUCAGUUGCCCCCCCAGGGUCGCCAUUUGCACGAGCGAGUGUGAAGAGCAAGAACGAGAGCUCGUCUUACCUGAGGAGGAAGGAGAAGAGAAUUCGCUUCACCAUCCGCCACCUGGUCAAAUCCCAGACGUUUUACUGGACUGUAUUAUGUCUUGUUGGCCUCAACACACUGUGUGUAGCUAUAGUGCACUAUGACCAGCCAGAGUGGCUUACAUAUGCAUUAUACCUGGCCGAGUUUGUGUUUCUGGGCUUGUUCCUGGCUGAGAUGACCAUGAAAAUGUACGGCCUUGGACCCCAGAGCUACUUCCACUCUUCUUUUAACUGUUUUGAUUUUGGGGUCAUUAUUGGGAGUAUUUUUGAGGUGGUCUGGGCUGCCAUCAAACCUGGGGCUUCAUUUGGUAUCAGUGUCCUGAGGGCGCUGCGACUACUCCGGAUCUUCAAAGUUACCAAGUACUGGAACUCUUUGAGGAACCUGGUGGUAUCCCUACUCAACUCUAUGAAGUCCAUCAUCAGUCUGUUGUUCCUGCUCUUCCUCUUCAUCGUGGUCUUUGCUCUGCUGGGAAUGCAGUUGUUUGGUGGACAGUUUAACUUUGAGGAUGAAACUCCGACAACCAACUUUGACACAUUCCCAGCUGCUAUUCUCACUGUGUUUCAGAUUCUAACUGGGGAGGACUGGAAUGCUGUCAUGUACCAUGGGAUAGAAUCUCAGGGUGGUGUGCGUAGAGGAAUGUUCUCCUCCAUUUAUUUCAUCAUUCUCACUCUUUUUGGAAACUACACACUGCUCAAUGUGUUCUUGGCCAUCGCUGUUGAUAACCUUGCAAAUGCCCAGGAGCUUACAAAGGAUGAAGAGGAGCAGGAGGAGGCAAUCAGCAAAAAGCUGGCUCUUCAGAAGGCUAAAGAGGUACAGGAAGUCAGCCCUAUGUUGGCUGCUAACAUUUCAAUCACAACGAGUUAUGUCUGCACCCCAGUCCAUCACUACCUGAGCAAUGAGCAGCAGAGGUCAGUCAAGACGAUGUCUGUCUGGGAGCAGAAAGCCAGCCAGCUGAGGAGGCACAAUCAGGCGAGCUGCGAGGUCUUAUAUGAUCCCGAGGAGUGUGUCCGCCUCCCCUCUGGCCUUCAGAUGCGGCCUGACAUGAAGACCCACCUUGACCGGCCCCUAGUUGUUGGGCAUUCCGAUGGGCUGUUGGUGAGAGGCCAUCAACAUCACCGUCACAAGCCGGGCACGCCGGAGGAAGCAGAGACUGCCGCUGAUCCACCGUCUGCUCCGCCUCAUUCUCAUCACCGUCACCACCGCCACAGAGACAGAGGGCGGGCUAAGGUGAAAGAAGAGCCUAAUGACAGCGGUGGUGACAGUGGGAAAGACGGGAGGCAACACGUCCAUCACAGCCACUCCACAAACCAUGACUACAGCUGUAGACAAGAGGGGAAGAGCGGGAGGUCCUGCAGCACAGAUAGGAGCAGAAAGCAUCACCAUCACAGUUCAAUGGAUGAGAGUGCAGGUGGGGGGGGCACAAGAGAGAGAGAGCAUCGGCAUCAUCAUUCACAUCGACAGUCCAGAGGGGGGAAUGGGACAGUGAAUGGUGGAGGUCGAGGCGAGCACAGGGUUCACCGUAAAGAUGGUCGAUCAUCUAACAAAGAUGGGGAAAGGGAGGGCAAGAGGAGGAGGCAUCACACACACGGGUCGAGGAGUCAGUCCAGGGCUGAAGGAGAGGAGUCAAAUGAGAGAGAGGAGCCAAAUACUAACAGGUUUGGUGACUCAGAUGACAUUUCCCAGCAGCCAGGCUCUCUGGAAACGUCUGGCCAGCCAGAGGACUCAGACAACCAGAAGAAUGUCAGAAGAACAGGCCAGACCUCCAUCCGCAUUCCCCCUGUGACUAUCACCACACCUGGAGAGAUCACUAUGAUACAAAUGAAUAGUACUGACAAUGAAUCAAUGCCUAUGAAUGAGAAGAACCUGAAGGAUCAAUGUCACUCUGGACCAAGACCCAUCUUACCUUACAGCUCAAUGUUUAUCUUUGGACAGACCAACCCGGUGAGGCGGUUAUGUCACUACAUUGUGACCCUGCGGUAUUUUGAGAUGUCUAUCCUGGUUGUUAUCGCAAUGAGCAGCAUUGCUCUGGCAGCUGAAGAUCCAGUCUGGACAAAUGCCCCUCGCAACAAUGUGCUCAAAUAUCUGGACUAUGCCUUUACUGGGGUUUUCACAUUCGAAAUGGUGAUCAAAAUGGUGGAUCUUGGACUGCUUCUCCAUCCUGGAUCUUACUUCAGAGACCUGUGGAACAUUCUGGACUUCAUAGUGGUCAGUGGGGCUCUGGUGGCAUUUGCAUUUUCGAGCUUCAUGGGAUCGCAGCAAGCUGUGACCAGGGGGACUAAAGGCAAAGACAUCAGCACCAUCAAGUCACUGAGGGUCCUCAGGGUUCUUAGGCCUCUCAAGACCAUCAAACGUCUGCCAAAACUCAAGGCCGUGUUUGACUGUGUGGUCAACUCUUUGAAGAACGUGCUGAACAUCCUCAUUGUUUACAUCCUCUUCAUGUUCAUUUUUGCUGUUAUUGCGGUUCAGCUCUUCAAGGGAAAAUUUUUCUAUUGCACUGAUGAGUCCAAAGCCCUGGAGAAAGACUGCAAAGGACAAUUUCUUGACUACGACAAAGAAACAGUGGCAGCAAUGCCAAGAGAGUGGAAAAAAUAUGAAUUCCAUUAUGACAAUGUACUCUGGGCCUUCCUAACUCUCUUCACAGUCUCAACCGGGGAGGGCUGGCCAACUGUUCUGAAACACUCUGUUGAUGCUACCUUUGAAGAUCAAGGUCCCAGCCCUGGCUACCGCAUAGAGAUGUCCAUCUUCUAUGUGGUCUACUUUGUGGUCUUUCCAUUUUUCUUUGUCAACAUAUUUGUUGCUUUGAUUAUUAUCACUUUCCAAGAACAAGGAGACAAGGCCUUGUCUGAAUGCAGUUUGGAAAAGAAUGAGAGGGCUUGUAUUGACUUUGCCAUAAAUGCAAAACCUUUGACACGCUACAUGCCGGAGGACACACAGUCCUUCCAGUACAGGAUGUGGAAGUUUGUCGUUUCAGCUCCAUUUGAAUACUCCAUUAUGAUCAUGAUUGCUCUCAACACUGUGGUACUCAUGAUGAAGUUUCAUGGAGCUCCGGAUUUUUAUGAAGCAAUGCUGAAGUACCUGAACAUUGUGUUCACCACUCUUUUCUCUCUGGAGUGCAUUCUCAAGAUCAUCGCCUUUGGUCCCCUGAACUACUUAAAAGAUGCCUGGAAUGUAUUUGACUUUGUGACAGUUUUGGGGAGCAUCACUGACAUCCUGGUGACUGAAAUCAAAACUACGGACAGACUAUUGAAUUUGAGCUUCCUGAGGCUCUUCAGAGCAGCUCGACUCAUCAAGCUGCUGAGGCAGGGCUACACCAUCCGCAUCCUGCUCUGGACCUUUGUCCAGUCUUUCAAGGCCCUGCCAUAUGUGUGCCUGCUUAUUGCCAUGCUGUUCUUCAUUUACGCCAUCAUUGGGAUGCAGGUGUUUGGGAACAUUGAGCUGAAUGAAGACACAGCUAUCAACCACCAUAACAACUUCCGUACUUUUCUCCAGGCUCUUAUGCUUCUGUUCAGGAGUGCAACUGGAGAAGCCUGGCAUGAGAUCAUGCUGUCGUGUCUGAGUCAUCGACCCUGUGAUGAGCUGUCAGGGACUAGUGGGAAAGACUGUGGCAGUGAUUUUGCCUACUUCUACUUUGUCUCCUUCAUCUUCCUCUGCUCCUUCCUGAUGCUGAAUCUCUUUGUGGCUGUUAUAAUGGAUAACUUUGAGUACCUCACCAGAGACUCCUCCAUCCUGGGGCCUCAUCAUCUUGAUGAAUUCAUUCGAGUUUGGGCCGAGUAUGACCCAGCUGCUUGCGGACGGAUUUCCUAUAUGGAUAUGUACAAUUUGUUGCGCGUUAUCUCACCCCCCCUUGGCUUAGGGAAGAACUGCCCUAAUAGGGUAGCAUACAAGCGUCUUGUCAAGAUGAACAUGCCCAUCGCUGAUGACAACACAGUUCACUUUACCUCCACUCUGAUGGGCCUGAUUCGCACUGCGCUGGAGAUCAAGUUGGCCUCAGGUAUGGUCCUGCAGCGAUUAAUGGAUGCUGAGUUAAAGAAAGAAAUGUCCACAGUUUGGCCGAGCCUCUCACAGAAGACCAUGGAUUUGUUGGUGACGCCACACAAACCCAAUGAGCUAACGGUAGGAAAGGUUUACGCAGCACUGAUGAUCUUUGACUACUUGAAACAGAAUCGAGCGAGGAGGCUGCAGCAGAUGGCCAACUCUGACCCCCAGUGCAAGGUCGAAGCUCUGUUUAAGCCAUUGCUGCCUCUGACUCACAUGCAGGGCUCACCCAGUGCUCCUCAAUCUCAGCAAAGCCUGGAGUCAUUUCGUCAAGUGGUCAGCUCUAACUCCAUCAACAAUGGAGGGAUGCUGCCAGGUUAUGACCCCAGAAAUAAAUCAGUACCUUCCACUGGGAUGGAGAGGCCCACCGAGGGGGUCUAUCCCAAACCAAAGAGAACCAUAUCCAAAGGCCCAUCAGUGGACACAUCAAACGUUGUCAAUCAGGAGUCAGUAGGGCUGAACAGUGUCAGCAGCACAGUCCCAGUCCCAGGCCCUGGUCCAGGUCUGGAGAGCCAGGGCAGGGCUGCUUCAAUGCCUCGGCUCAACGUGGAGCUCCAGUCUGGUCGUGAUGCUAGCUCUAUGAGACGCUCUGUUACCACUGUAGCUCCACAGCGGCCCCAGGAGGUUAACCUUAGGAACUACACCCUGGAGAAACCUCGUCAUGAGAGAACACAUCACCAUCACCACCACCAUCACUGCCAUCACCGCAGAGACCGAGACAAAGACAAGAGACAAGGGUCUUUGGAUACCCCUUUUGGGGGCCAACCUCCCAACUCAGCUGGUGGACCAGAAGAGCCAGCAUAUGAACCUGCUGCCUCCAGAGAGCGAGCUCAUAAACGUGGGCGCUCCCAUGAAAGGAAACACCAUCACUCCUCAGCAGACAAGCAACGCUAUUACUCCUGUGACCGCUACUGCAGCCGGGAACGCUGCUGUCCCAAAUCUGCUACUGCCGCCUGCUCCUACCGAGAGGAGCAGGAAACCAGCAAAAAGCAGGGCAGUGGUUUGGUUAAAGGCAGCCCAGAUGCAUCAAGAUCCGGUUCUAGCACACUAAGCCGUGGACGCCGGCAGCUCCCACAAGUCCCACACACCCCACGGCCUGGGGUGGGAUAUAAGACUGCAUACCCUUCUCAAGUGCACUUUGUGUCUAGUCAGGCUUCUCAGAGUCCUGGCCGACUAAGCCGUGGCCUGUCGGAACACAACACCCUCCGUCAUAGUGGUUCCUACUUCUUCCCCUGCCCUGUCACUCGUAUCAGCUCAGAGCCCUUUCUGGGCCAGGGCCAUGGUGAUGCCCUGGGAAGUCCUUACAGCAGCUUCCAGAACCAGCUGGAUGUCUUCCAGGAUGUGGCAUCACUGUCCCCUACCCCUAGUGCCGAACAGUCACCCCGGACCACACUGCCUCGAAUGAUGGGAGCCCUACAUCCAACUUUUGGUGUAGAUCCGAGUGUGCCCAAUGGGUACCACUUAAGUUUAGGGGGCAGCACCAGCCCAGGCACUGGAUACAGGGCACUGAGGUACAGAAGGUAGAUGGGAAUGAAUGGUGCUACCAUGGCUUUAAACCAACCUUUUUAAUGCAUUUUUGAGGCAUUAUGAUGGGUUUUUAUCAGCUUUUCUGAAGGCUUUAGUUUACAUGGUCACUUUGUGUUUAAUACUGUAUUCUAGCUCAGAAAGUUAAGGUGAUUUUUCACAUGGCAUUCUAAAAUGAAAGAGAAAAAACAUUUCCUUUCCAAAAGGAGACACAUAUGUCUGGCAGUUGUUAGGGUGUUUUUUACCUCAGUGUUUUGUCGAAACCACCAUAUUGAGCUUGAAAGAAUAAUUGAAAUGGGAGAAUCAUUUUCCAUGUUCUAGUAAUAAUACUCUACAACCUGAACAGAUAAGAGUCUUACAGUUUUAGAUAAGACUUAUGCAGACCAGCUUCAGCCUUUAUUUUGUCUUAUUUAAACGUAGCGUUCAGUGAGGGACCUGGGUGUUUUCCUCAUGAUGGCCAUUGUGCUACACAUAAUGCCUUUUGCCAUUGUGGAGAAAAUGAGUUGUGGUGUGUGUAUGUAGCUAACUUUUUGACCAAUAGUUCUUUUAUUAAAACUUAAAGCUGCACUAACUUGUCCUUCCAUAAGUCAGCAAUUAUAACAGAUCCCCAUUUUCAAUGAUGAUUUAACAGGCUCAAAUAGCCAUUUUAUUCUUCAUGUUGGUGAUGAAUCCACUUGGUUCUGUUUAGUUAUGGAACUUGCACUGUUCCCAAGUAUUCAUGCAAAGUGAAAUCUUGAAAUUCUGUGAAGGAUGUCUCUGAGCAGACAUUUUUAGUAUGCUAACCACAAAAUACCAGCGUGUUAUUUUGAUAAUUUUUUUUUACAUGAUUUUUUUUUUUAUUUCAGACAGACAUUUCACCAACAAAACAUAACAAAGUAAGACUUUCAUAUUUAUAAGUGUAAAUACAACACCUUAUUACCAAAUAUACAUACUCAUAUACAUGUGAAUGCUCCACUUGUUCCGUGACUGUGAGCCUGAAAAGGAGCAUGAUGAAGUUUAACUUACAUAAUCAUACCCCUUUUCCAUUCAGUAAUUCAUAACAUAAGUAAUCUUCCCAUUUCCCAUAUCCCUUCUAAAGAAAAAUAGUUUCUGAACCAGAUGAAAAUAACACACACACUAAUAUACAUACUCACCUAUGUAUACACAUACACAUCUACCUGUAUAUAUACAUAUAUAAUGUAUAACUAUAUACACAAACACACACAUUUACACACACAUGCCUAUACACCAAUUGCCCAAGUCAUCCACAGUGCUGUAAUACCCAGCCAAUUUCAUCACCCCUGUCAUCCCUUUAUAAUAACCAUUUUGAGGCUUUUCUUAAAAUACCUCAUGCUUGGACUUUGCUUCAACUCUUUGGUGAGUUUAUUCAGAAUCUUCACACCAAUGACUGAGAUGCUCAUUCUUGUCAUUGUUGUUCGAACAGUUAAAGUUCUGAAGUUGAGGUUUUCUCUAUAGUCAUAUCCCCCCACCUUAUCAGUAAGCAAUUUUUGAAUAUUUUCUGGUAAUAGUUUGUUUCUAGCUUUGUACAUAAACUGUGCAGUUUGAAACUCUACCAAAUCUGGGAGUUUAAAGAGGUAAGAAUCUAUAAAUAAAUUGCUGGUAUGAGAAUAGAAAUAAAUCUUAUAAACUAUUUGGAUGGCUAUUUUCUGUAAUGUGCAUAAUGGUGAAGUUUUGUAGGUGUUGCCUCAAACUUCCACACUGUAACUUAGAUAUAGCAAAAUAGGUGAACAGUAGAGAAUAUGAAGGGCAGAGGAGUUUAGAAAUGUUCUAGCAUUAUGGAGAAUUGCAGUACUUCUAGCUAUUUUAGAUUGCACAUAUUUAAUAUGAGAUUUCCAACACAGCUUAUAAUGAAUCAAUACUCCACAUUCACAUUAUCAAUUAUUAUUUGUAAAUUGCUAUCCCCUUCACAAUUCCCGAAUAACAUAAACUUGGUUUUAUCUUUAUUUAGUGAUAAUUUAUUAAUAUGAAACCACUUUUUCAAUUUCUGUAGCUUUAAAUUAAUUUCUAUCAAAAGCUGCCGUAAAUGUUCACCUGUACAAAAAAUGUUUGUAUCAUCUGCAAAUAAAACAAAAUUAAAUAUCUUGGAAACCUUACAUAUUUCAUUUAUGUAUAAAAUAAACAACUUUGGUCCCAAUGCUGAGUCCUGGGGAACAUCACAAACAAUGUCCAAGCAUGAGCAUGAUUUUUCACAGUAUGAUUCCAACCUUUUUUUGAAUCAGUGUGUAAAGAUAUUUAGUCAGCUAAUGAGGAAAAAUUAAUUAAUAGAGCCUAAUUUAUUUGACAGGAAACAUUUUGUUUAGCCUGGAUGUUUUAAAUUUAGAUUAUUUCAACCAUGUACAUUAGAAACUCUUAACAAGCAGACAGUGGAAAUGCUUCAGCUGUGUCGCAUUAGAGCUGCUAGGGAAUUCACAGAGAAGGUCAUGCUUAGAGAUUCAAAAAUCAGAAUUUUAUGUCUGAUUUAAAAUCAUCUUCUCUGGUAAAUCCUUGACCUGCCAACAUAGAUUUUAUCCCUUUCCAAUUUCUGCAUAAGACUGGAACACUGAAAAUAAUUUCUUUUCAUCUUCCUGCUGUGAGUGAUUAUUAAUUAUUUAUAUUAAGAGCAGCAGUGAUGUCAUGUGAUAAAGCAAGUACUUUUAAACAGGAUUUUACUAUUUUAAGACAAAAACAAAAUUAUUCUUGAGUUGAUAUUGUAAGAUGGCUUUAGCAUGUUAAAUUAUCACUUAGAAUUUAAAAAUAGAGUUCUCUCCAUGCCUUAAGAGAAUGUGAUCUUUACCUCAACUCUGAGAUUUCUGCCAACAUUUCCAAAUCUGAAAUGUCCCAUAAUACAAAAGGGGUUGAUAAAAAAAAGAGCAACUUCAGGUGUUAAACUGUCUAGCCUUCCUGUUAUCUACUGAAUCUCCUUCUCUCUCUCCCAUUCUUUCAUUGCCAAAAUGAACCGCAGACAAGUCUCAAAAAUGUCAUAGAAAAUUCAGCUUAAAUACCUUUUUUUCAUUUUUAAAUGCAUGACCACAUGUGACCUAAUAGCAACUAAAAUGAUGUGUUUGCUCAUUAGAAAAGUUUGGAAUUUGAAUUGUUUACUGUACAGACACAUACAGGGUCAAACAGAUAUGUUAAAUUAUGCUUAAAGUCAGUUUCUCUGUGAAUCUUGGCUUACUUAUCACCCUUGUUAAUUUGUGGGCCAGCUAUGGGAGUGAUUUGGGGUUCUUCCUGUGCUGUUGUGACAAUUGCAGAUUAAGGAACAAAAUGUUAUUGAAUAAAAAAAAACUUCAAAAGAGAUCUGGGAGAAUAGCUACAAACUAAUGCAACAUGUAACAAGAAAUUCCAAGUUUGGUUGUUCCUUACUAUAAACUGAUAGAAGUAGAACAAUUCUUCAACAGUUAUGCCCUUCUUUAACUUAUUUUUUACACCAAAGUGCAGCCUUUAAUGAAAUAUUUUAGAUAAUUGGAAUUACUAGAAAGUGUUGUUUCAGGUACUUGAAGACUAGCAUUGCAUGCUGGUCUACAGACACCAUCAUAAUAUUCAGCAGGAGAUCACUGUUCUCAACAAUGGAAGACAUACAGUGCUUAAAGCAGCUGUGGACCAAUAAUGUUAGCCUGAUGACUGUGUUUAAAAUGAUUCACUGGUCAACGUUUCCUCUUCCAGGUUUCUUCAUCACCACCAACCAUCACCAACCACUCUGUUUGAGUUAGCUGCAGCGGAAGUAUGGUGGUUUCAACAGAAUAACUUGCUGUAAGUCAGGGGAAGAAGACAGAAUAGCAGAUCAGAGGAUCAGUGUAGAGAACCUCAGACUAUACAACACUGUAAAACAAACUGUCGCUCUUUAGUUUAUAACUCCACCAUUCCACAAUGACAUCUGAUCUUUUGCAACAUUCCCUGUGUCAGUUGAACAGAUGAAGGCUGGCUGACAGUCGGCACUACUGUUUUUCUCAAAUACUUCUUUCUUACAGCCUUUACAAAGCAAUGCAUGGUUAGCUGACCUGUGUGUUUUCUAUAAGAAGUUCAUUGUGAAUGAUUUUCUUCUGUUGUAUCCAUUUGUUGAAUAACAUGUAAUAACACUGAUGUGUUUUAAGUGAACUGUUUACAGUUUGCCAUUGUUUCAGGUCUAUUUCUUAUAGAUUUUCUUUUGUUUGGAAUGUUUUAAGACAAAGUGCCUAUCCUUUUAGAUUUAUAUAAUGUAGGGAAUAAUGCAACAUCAACUUUUUUGUAAUGCAUCCACACCAGAAUAGACAGUUUAUUUAUUUUGUAUGGAGCUCUGCAGGAAAACAUGUUGCACAGAAAGCCUUAUCUGCAAGCAACAUUUAUACCUACAGUACGCUUGAAAAUCAUGAAUUGACAAAUGACCUUAAAAAUGUUUUUUCUUCUUUUUUUAAAAAAUUUACAUUAACAAUAUUGUGAGCAUUUAAUUCCUCGUAAAACCAUGGACUCUGAUGUGAGUAAAAUAGUGUGCAUGUUUAGAGUGUAGCUCUGGUCAAACACCUGUAUUUUUGAUAAAGCUGUCAGAGUAUGCCCCCAGGAAGCUCCUGUCUUGUUCACAAUGUAAACCCAUGUGGGGGUCAGCUGAUGUCUGACUGGGCAGCAGAAAGCAUGUCUGAGCGAGGGCUCCGAGCACAGAGAAUGAACGUAGCUUGCUCUGUUAGUGUAUGUUGAAGUGUGUAAACUGCUAAGCACAGAUUCUUGCAUAUCUUUUUUGUAUGUGGAACUUCACUCAUUUACUUUGUUGACCUUGGAGGCAACUAGCAGAAGAAGAUGAAUGUGAUAAUAUCAUGCCAAGGCACUUGCAGCCACUGCUUUCAUUGUCGAUUUAUUAGAGUAAAAUACAAUGGUACUAUUAGCUGUGUUCAAAUUACCACUCAAUAUGAUGCAUGCUUAUGUGUGAUGCCAGUUACAGUUGAGUCUUAAUAGUUGAAUAAUUUAGCUACAGAGAAAGAUUAAAAAGAAAAACAAUAAUAAAGAUGAAGAGGAUGAAUGCAAUGGAACCACUUACCUUUUCUGAAUAAUUUAGAUUAAAAUGAAUAUAAUUGGGCUUUUAUUUCAGUUUGACUUUCACCAUUAUAAAUAGUAAAAUAAAUUUAUUGCCUAUACUAUCAACAAAAGCAUGUUAUUUUCAUGUUGGAUUGUAUAAAAGUGGCCCACAAAAGAACUAAGUAAAACAUGUAAUCACUUUUAGCAUCUUCAAAGAACAAAUAACAAAUAAAAAUUAUUUAAGUCCAUAUAAUAUAUUUUCUUUAAAUGUGGAUCAGGCUGCUUAGCUACCUAUGUGGUGUAAGGUGACAUCCCAUUUCACACUUACACCAGCAGGACAAGGAAGUGGAAAAGGGUGAUUAUAUGCAAAUAUCUGAUUUUUCCAUUAGUCAUGGUGUUUUAAUGAGUGGAGCAGUGUAACUCAUCUCACGUGGUUUUAUCAAUAACAUGAGGAAGUGUCAUCCAGGAGUUUGAUAUUUUUUUCCGUUGCUCUUGUCUUUCAUAUGCAGCAGAUAAUUAUUAUUAUUGCCAUUAUUUUAGUGUCCCAUUUCUUAUUUCCAAAAAAUAAAAUGGAAGAAUUUAAUCAUAUACUGAAUAAAAUGAUGGAACGUUUUUAAGCAAGCUAAGAUUUUAGGAACAACUGGUUGAAUGAAUCAAGAUAAAUAAUUUUAAAAGUGGUAUCAAAACAUCUUUUGGAAUCUCGGUUGGUAUUUGUCAACAUAUGAAUAGAUACUGAUGAAUCAGUGGCGAUCCUUUUUAGCAAAGCUGCUCUAACUUAUCAAUAUGGAUUAUAAAAUUUGGACACAGCUAAUAUGUAAACAAAAAUAAAGCAGCCAACAGCUUUGAUGGAACUUGUCAGAAAGAUAUGCUGUACUAAUGUGGAAAAUCCAUUGUAAAGUGAUGCAACCCAUUGUAGAAGUAGCAGAUAAGUUGUGAUCCAUGAAGGGUCAUAAUAAAUGUGAAA